UGCACCAUUAAGCUCUCAUUUAGGUGGAGAAUCCUAGGAGCAUCUCUAUGCUACUAGUCUUCCAUACACGCCACAUGUGCAACCGCCAUGUUGUCACCUUGUUGGCGCCAUGUCAUCUGCCACAUGUGACAGUUGGCUCUGAUCUAUCAACUAUUCGAACUGACCAUCGGUGGGAUGGGAUUAGGUGCUAAUCCUUAUAGGGGUUAGCACCGUGAUAACUAGCAAAAAACACUACUAAAAAUAACGAAAUCACUACGGAUUAUUAUAAAAUCAAUACAACAUCUAAGCUAAAUCACUACUAAUUCAAACUAGUAGCAGUUUUUCCCUUAGUUAGGACGGUGCUAACUAUUGUACAAUUAUCACCAUAACUCAUCCCACCAUCGGUUCAACCUAACCAACUAUUGGUCUAGCUUUGACAACAAAACGACAAGUCAGUUUCAUUCCCAGUAAGUAAAAUCACCCUGUGCAUGCCACGUCAGCUCUCCACUAACUGGAAGUUCAAACAGGGUGAAAAGAGUAAAUUCAAAUUCCAGAAGCUACGCUUGUUCAACCUUCCAAGUUCCCGGCUCGCUCCUUCUCCUUUCCUAGCAAAGCUCUUCUCCACCACCCACCGCCGGGCAAUCAAUCGCUGUCCCGAUUGAAUUGUCAAUCUCAGGUCUUUUUGGCGACAUAGAGACGCCGGCGUCGGAAAAUCGAUUGGAUAAGAAUCUGACCAGAAUCCCUUCUCACAUCUUUUUCAUAUUCGACAUUUUUCUGUUUCUCGCUCGGACUUCGUUUCUGGGAGGGAAAGGAAAAGGAAAGAGUCCACGGAAUUCGAAAUUGUUUUCCUUAGUGUGCGAGCGGUGCUUCCCUUCUCCCAAUCUUGUCUGUGAAUUCGUAAUUCGCUCUCUUUCUACUUGGGAGUUGGGAUCGUCUUUUAUUUAUUUGCGGCGAUCCUCGGUUUGAAUCGAGUUUCCUGAGGUUGAAUUGGCAUCGUUUUGGCAGGGGGAAAGAGGAGAAUGUUCAACGGAAUGAUGGAUCCUGAGCUCAUCAAGCUUGCUCAGGAGCAGAUGAGUCGGAUGUCGCCAGGCGAGUUAGCCAAGAUCCAGCAGCAGAUGUUUUCUAAUCCAGAUUUGAUGAAAAUGGCAUCUGAAAGCAUGAAGAACAUGAGACCUGAAGACUUGAGGCAAGCGGCAGAGCAAUUAAAGUAUACACGUCCUGAUGAGAUGGCUGAGAUUGGUGAGAAGAUGAAUGCGGCUGAAAUGUUGAAGAAACAGGGUAAUCAACUUCACAGCCAGGGAAAAUUCAGCGAGGCAUCAGAAAAAUAUUUGCUAGCAAAGAAGAAUCUUAAAGGAAACACAGCCUCCAAAGGCAGUGCACUUUUAUUGGCAUGCUCUCUCAAUCUGAUGUCCUGUUACCUAAAGACAAAACAAUAUGAUGAGUGCAUUAAAGAAGGAACAGAGGUGUUGGCAUAUGAUGGUAAGAAUGUCAAGGCUCUUUAUCGUAGGGGUCAAGCCUACAAAGAACUUGGACAAUUGCGAGAUGCUGUCUCUGAUUUGGCUAAAGCACAUGAACUUUCACCUGAUGAUGAGACUAUCGCAGCUGUCUUAAGUAAUGCUGAAGAAAGUUUCACUGAACAGGGUAGUUACCAGGCACCAAAGGGAGUUGUAAUUGAAGAGAUAACUGAAGAUUCAUCUUCUGGAAAUCCUGAAAUUCCUCAACAGUAUAGGAGGAAUGUGGAAAGCACUGGAAGCCAGACUAAUAUUGGGGGUUCAAUGACCAGUUCAGAGUCUUUGCAUGCCUUAAAAGAUAACCCGGAAGCCGUAAGGUCUUUCCAGAAUUUCAUCUCUAAUGCUGAUCCUGAAACUUUAGCUUCAAUAAGUGGUGGGAAAGCUGCUGAUAUCUCUCCAGAUAUGUUCAAGACUGCUGCAAAUAUGAUUGGAAAGAUGUCUCCCGAUGAGCUGCAAAAAAUGCUUCAGAUGACAUCUUCAUUCCAGGGAGGGAAUCCAUACAGUAAUGGUGUUGAUAGUAUCAGACCUGGUGCCGUUCCUCCAAAUAUGAGCCCGGACAUGAUUAAAACCGCUUCUGAAAUGAUGAGCAACAUGCCGCCAGAAGAGCUUCAAAAGAUGGUUGAAAUGGCAUCCUCUCUUAGAGGAAAGGACUCCGCUGCAAAAGGAGGAACCUCGCGUCAACAUGCAUCUAGUUCAAGCAAAGUUUCAAACUAUACAGAAGCUCGGGAAAGUAAUUCUUUGAAUGACAAAAAUAGUGGUGACCCUAGUUCCUCUGGCAGUCUCUUUUCGAGGUCAAUGAGUGAUCAGCCAAGUUUUUCAAGCUCGGGUGGUGACCUGCAAGAGCAGUUGAGAAAUCAAAUGAAUGAUCCAGCGACACGGCAGAUGUUCACUUCAAUGAUGCAAAACAUGAGUCCGGAUAUGAUUGCUUAACAUGAGUAAGCAGUUUGGAGUCCAACUUUCUCCAGAAGAUGCAGCAAAAGCUCAGCAAGCCAUGUCAUCUCUAUCCCCUGAAGACUUGGACAAAAUGGUGUGUGUUCUCUUACUUAUGCUCCGUUCAACAAAAUUUUCGGUUUAGUUUUUUGGUACCCAAUGAAAAUGGGGUUCCUGAUGGAAAUUGUUACAACAGAUGAGAUGGAUGGAUAGGCUCCAAAGAGGAGCUGCAGGUGCAAAGAAGGCGAAGAACUUGUUACUUGGCAAACCGGGCCUGAUCCUGGCUAUAUUCAUGUUGCUAUUGGCAAUUCUCCUUCACUGGCUUGGCUUCAUCGGAAGGUAAACUUUCCGAUUCACCGGACUCCCCAGGUUAUUGGGAUUGCUAAUUUCGAGUCAACGCACGUUGUGCUCCUCUGGGAACGAGUUUGAAGAGGAAGACACAGAAGGAAAGUAAGGGGAAAAUGAGAAAUAGGGAGGCAGAGUUUAAGGGUAGGCUUGUUAUCAAGGUUGUCAAACCGGUUUAUGCCGGUGUGCCGGUUUUGUAAGUGGAAUGGUGUGACCGUAUUCAUGCCGGUUGUGCCGGUUUUAAUAAAAUACAUGAGGAAAAUGGAAAUCCUCAAUUCCAAAUAAAUUAAUCCUCAAAAAGCAAUUAGAAGAAUUAUUUCACACAAAAUAAUUUAUAGCCAAGAAUUGAUAACUAAUACUAAACAAUUAGAUGCUUAAAAACAAAAUUUUAUUAAAUGAAGUUGAUUAAUGUUU